AGCUGCCCAGCUCAAGUGGCAGAUCGGGUCCGGUUCUCAGCACCCGGUGCAAUGGAUGAGACGCACAAGAAGUCUCUGAAAGAGAUCUCAGACCACUUUGCGAAGCUCCAGGAAUAUAUCGAAGAGGCUCCACACCGCAUCAAGGUGGGUUGCUUUGCUGGUGGUGCAGCUAUUGUGCUGAAUGGUCUCUUGAGCGUAAUUGAUAUCUUUGAUGUAUUGGAUGAGCCGAUCUACUAUGUGGUGAAUGCCUACAUGGUCUUUUUCGGGGCCGUCACUAUGGUCACAGAGAGUGAUCCCUCCUUCAUCACACAGCUGCACGACAGCCUCCUUCCUGUGCAAAAGUGGAUGCACGAGUGGGCUAAGGGCCUGACUAUGCUGUGGGGUAGGGGCUUGUUCUAUGUCUUCCAAGGAACACUCUGCACAUUGUGUUCCAGCUUGCUCAGCUUCGGCCUCAUCAUCGGGGUGUACAUGACAGUGAUGGGUGUGCUCUGCUUGCUGAUCCACUACAAGCGAUCGCGGGUGCAACCACCAGCUGAGUAUAUCAGAAUCCACUAGUAGAACCAAGCUCCGGCAGUGUGGCUACUGGCCAUGCCGAAAAAGGGCUGAUCGUCCCAGUUUGGGCGAGACAAAGAUAGCCCCCAGAUGGACACAAUCCAGCCAUGUCUAGCAUGAA